AUGUGCCAGUUUUCCAGACGAAGCCAGAAAAUGGAAACGGCCCUGUCAAAAUUCUCCAUCGGAAUCACCUUUUACACAGAGGGCAGGAGACAAAGAGGAGACUCAAGCCCCCAACCACUCUCCCUGUUUGGUUCUGGAAUUACUGGAUUGUCACACAUGCCAGUCUGCAGGAAACAGGCAUCAGAAAUGGGAGGCACAAGCUCCAGUCAACAGGUGGCUCAGUCUGAGAAUCUCACAUUCUUCACAAAGGAAGAGCUCAAGAGAUUGAAUUCCGACUUUGAAACAGGUGGGGUAGAAAAAGCUACGUCUCUUAUAGAGCAGAGGGUAUCAGAACUGGAUGAGACAGAGCUUAACAUCGCAGUGAUAGGAGAGACAGGUACAGGAAAAUCCUCCUUCAUCAAUGCCAUGAGAGGACUUCGAAACAGUGACGAUGGAGCUGCUAAAGUUGGGCUCACUGAAACUACAAUGGAACCAGCUACCUUUCCACAUCCCAAUUUCUCCAACGUCUGCUACUGGGACCUGCCAGGGAUCGGGACCGCAAAAUUUCCAGCUGAUAAAUAUCUCAAGCAAAUGAAAUUUGAAAAAUAUAAUUUCUUCAUCAUAAUAUCAUCUUGUCGUUUCAAAGAAAAUGAGACAAAACUUGUGAAAGAAAUUAAACGGCUCGGGAAGAAAUUCUAUUUUGUCCGCACUAAGAUUGAUGCUGAUUUUGAUUCAAUGAGAAAAGGGGGGUUGGAAAUUAAUGAGGAAAUAGAACUGGAAUUUAUUCGGAAUGACUGUUUAAAGAAUUUGAAAGAAGCGGGGAUUCUAACCCUCUCUGUGUUCCUGAUAUCCAGUUUUGAACAGAAUCGAUAUGAUUUCAGUCAGUUAAUGAAAAGUAUCUCUGUCCUGGCCUAUCCAUAUCAAUGUCUGGAGAUUAUUCAAAAGAAAAAUGAAAUGCUGCAGAAACGUGUCUGGAUGUUGGCAACGCUUUCGGGAGCUGUGAGAGCAGUUCCCAUUCCUGAUCUCUCUGCUGCUUGUGAUAUCAGCAUAUUGAUUGGGGCAAUAGUCCAUUUCUGUAAAUGUUUGUGUCUGGAUGAUGCCUCGCUUCAAAGACUGGCCAACAUCACAAAUAAACCUGUGGAAGAACUUAAGGCGAUAGUUAAAUCUCCCCUGCUAAGGGCAAUAGAUACAAAUAUAAUUGUAAGGUUAGGUUACGAUGCUACAGUUGUUGCCGUUUCAGCUUUGGAAGUUGGUUUUUACUCCAUCCCUGUCAUUGGUUCCAUUUUUGGAGCAGGAUCAUCGUUUCUCAUGACCUACACAAUACUGACCGAUGCACUGAAGGACCUUACAGAGAGCGCAGUGAGGGUGUUGAAGUUUGCAUAUGACAUUGAUUAACUGGUCAGCACCAACAUCAAUACAAUGAGCUAAUGGUUUGCUGUGGUUAAAAUAUUUAAGAGGCCUGUCACUGAACCCUGCUGUAGUUCUCCAGACAACUUUCCCCUUUGUUGCUUUUCUUUCUAAAAUAUUUCUUAUCCAUUUCUAAAGAACAUUUG